UUCUUUUCCACGGAGCAUCGUGGAGAAGUAGCUUUUAUGAUAACACUUCUCCUGGAUAAAUUCUGCUCGCAGACAGUAGAUUUACCAGUCAGGUUUCCUUUCAGUGGUUUCUUUUCCACGGAGCAUCGUGGAGAAGUAGCAUUUAUGAUAACACUUCUCUUGGAUAAAUUCUGCUCGCAGACAGUAGAUUUACCAGUCAGGAUUUCUGCUGGGAAUGCACUACUGGAAGUUGUUAAGCCAUGGGAUGAGUCAUUGGAGAUGAUCACAGCAUUCUUGCCGGGCAUCUGUUGUCGCGUGGAUAGUCUUGCAAGCACUGAUUUAAAUGUAACAGUCGUGAAUUUGGCAUUAAAGGUCUAG